AUCCAGAAUCUGACCUGUGAGUGUCUGCUCACUCUGUGCAGCACAUGUGUUUCCUCCCUUAGCUCUACUCUGUCAAAAACGCUUUCUUUUCUUCUCCACUUCUCUCACUGGCUGGAGGGCAUUAUAAGCGGAAGAACAAGAAGCACGAACUGUGAAAUCCGUAAAAAUCAAAUCAAACCCGUUCUCUUUGGUACUAAACUCAUCCUGCUGUCAGUCACUCUUCGUUUUGUUGCAUAUUCAUUCUGGGUUUGGCGAGUUGCAGCAAUACGAACCCUAAAAACCUUCGAAACUGAUCACAUUCUCUACCGUUACCAAUCCAAAGCUAAAAAAGUGUUUAGCUUUCCUAAAACCCUGAAACUCUCACAUCUUCCCCUCGGACCUCUUAAAGAUGCAAAACCCAAAACCCAUCGUCCUUCUUUUGAUUUUCGUCAAUGUAGUAGCUAUUGUUACCUCCAAAUCCACAAUCGAACCAUGCUCCAACAACGACUCCUGUAAUGCUCUUCUUGGCUAUACUCUCUACACAGACCUCAAAGUCUCAGAAGUAGCCUCCCUCUUCCAAAUUGAUCCCAUAGCUCUCCUCACAGCUAAUUCCAUCGACAUCUCUUACCCAGAUAUCGAAAACCACAUCCUUCCUUCCCAGCUUUUCCUCAAGAUCCCAAUAGUAUGCUCCUGCGUGGAUGGAAUACGCAAAUCCGUUUCUACGCGGUACAAGACUCGGCCUUCGGAUACUUUGUCUUCUAUUGCGGAUUCGAUUUAUUCGGGUUUGGUGUCCGCGGACCAGAUAAAGGAAGCUAAUUCGAUACAGGAUCCCUCAGUACUGGAUGUGGGGCAGAGCCUUGUCGUGCCAUUGCCCUGUACAUGUUUUAAUGGGACGGAUAAUUCGUUGCCGGCAAUUUAUCUGUCUUACGUGGUGAAGGAGGUGGAUACUUUGGCGGGGAUUGCUUCGAGAUAUUCCACUACUAUUACUGAUUUGAUGAAUGUUAAUGCUAUGGGUAAUCCAGCCAUCAAGGCUGGUGAUAUACUUGCUGUGGCCUUGCCAGCCUGUGCUUCUAAGUUUCCAAGAUACGCCUUUGAUUAUGGCCUCAUUGUGCCAAAUGGGAGCUAUGCUAUUACUGCUAGUCACUGUGUGCAAUGCAGCUGCGGGCCAGGAAAUCUUAAUUUGUACUGCAUGCCUGCUUCCUUGGCGGUUUCUUGUUCAAGCAUGCAGUGUAAAAAUAGCAAUCUCAUGCUCGGGAAUGUCACGUGGAAGCAGAGUAGUGCUGGUUGUAGUGUUGCUUCUUGCAGUUAUGGUGGAUAUGUCAACGGCAGCAUCAUGACCUUGUUGUCCACAUCUCUUCAACCUCGCUGUCCAGGGCCACAGCAAUUUCCUCCCCUGCUAGCCCCUCCUACUUCAGUGACUAGGGAUUCAGCGUUUGGUUCAGCUCCAGCACCUGCACCUCAGUCAGAUGGGUCUGGUGCAACAACGCCCAGGAGUACAACUGUACCGACAACGGGUAUAGUUCCUGGAUUAUCCCCUGUAGGUGGACCUAUUGGGGGUGCAUCUGAUGCUUGCUCCUUGGUGAAUCCAUUAGCCACUUCGCUAAUUGCACUUAUGCUACCCAAGUUUGCCAACUUCAUGAUCUCCCUUUCAUUGUAAUUUUGGCAUGAAUUGCCAGUCUAGAUGGUGGGAUUGUGGUCAGCUUGGUCAUUUUAUUUUUGACAGGUCCCACUUACCUGUUGUAUUUAACGUUCUUUAUUUACUUCGACUGUGAACUGAUUUGUGGAUGCGGGAAUUGGAGGCUAUCAUUGUGCCUAGCUAAUAAUUUGUUGUGCUUGCUUGCUUCCUCGCUGUAUUGUGUACUUCAAGGCAUGGGCAGUUCUACUUUUGGUGGUUCAUUCUUGUCUUCAUCAUCCGGAGUUCUAGGAUAUUGCUUGGGUCAAGCAUUGCUUUGGCAGGGAGGGGCCUAUUUCAUUUUUGGGUGCAGCACUUUGGAUUCAGUUGUCAUAUUUGUCUCUGUUCAUAUGGGUUGUCAUUAGACUGUUGUACUUUUUUGAAGUUACAUUUAAAGGGGAGGGUUCUGGAUUUGAA